AUUUGUUCCUCUAAAGUUUGCGAUAGAAAUUUCUACUUUUGAGAAAUUACAAGAAUUGUGUAUCCGGUCAAUAACUUCCUUUUUUGAUAUUGUUUCACCGUCGAGAAACACUGAAAAUGGCAGAUGAUGAUUUGGCAGAAAAGAAGAAAAAGAGGACCUUCCGUAAGUUUACUUACAGAGGUGUGGACCUUGAUCAGCUCCUUGAUAUGUCAAUAGAACAGCUGUCGGAUUUGUUCAACUGCAGACAGCGCCGCCGUCUCAGUCGUGGACUUAAGCGUAAACCACUUGCUCUCAUUAAGAGGCUGAGAAAAGCUAAAAAAGAAGCUGGACAUUUGGAAAAGCCAGAGGUUGUUAAAACCCAUCUGCGUGAUAUGAUCAUUGUUCCUGAGAUGAUUGGUUCAAUCGUUGGUGUGUACAAUGGAAAAACAUUCAACCAAGUUGAAAUUAAGCCUGAAAUGGUUGGACAUUACUUGGGCGAGUUUUCCAUUACAUACAAGCCCGUCAAGCACGGCAGACCUGGUAUUGGUGCCACACACUCAUCUAGGUUUAUUCCACUUAAGUAAAUGUCAAGAAAUAAAAAAAUUCAUUUACA